AAGCACCUGAAAAACUUAGCUUUCUGGACUUUUGAAGGUGUUUAAAAUCAUCAAGCAUAGCAAGUCUUGAAACUAAGUUAUACUGGGUGACAAAAAAGGGAUUACUUGAUGACCAAGAGGAUACCACGAAUGAAGGACCGAUACUCCAACAGAACAGGCACGUCAGUCAGAUUUAGUUUUGGGAUUCAACUUGAGUUGAAACACAUUGCUGUAGCUUUGGUUACAAUUCUAUUGAAAUUGUUUGGCUUAUCUAGUUCACGUUAGAGUCAAAUUUAGUUUUGGGGUUUAAAUUCAAAGGAUCGGGUGGUAAAUUAAACUUAU